CUUAUAAAUUGGACUAUGAUCAUUAGUUCACAGAAACUUAACCCAGCGGUCCCUAACCAAAGAUCUGUGGUUCCAGCAACAUGGGAUGUUGAUCCGGCCAGAUGUUCUUAGUUACAAGGCUACAUAGCUAUCCAUGUGUCAAACUCGAGAUCCCGUGGCGGUGACUCAACCACCACGUUCUCCGAGAAUGGAUAUGAGUAACCAUGCUGGUGGGAUUGGCAUUCAGUUGUUGGCCCACUCAAACUACAAGGUUUGGAGGACCUGUAUGGAGUCAUACCUCGUAGGAGAAGACUUGUGGGAUGUCGUUGACGGAAAUGACACCACAAGUCCAGAACCAGAAGCUACUGCUGAUGAAAUUAUAAGUUCAUCAGAUGCUCUCAAGAAGUGGAAGCGGCUGAAUGCCAAGGCCGAGUUUGCCUUAAAGAGAUCUAUCUCUCAGACCCUGUUCGAUCGUAUCAUCGGAUGCAAGUCUGCUCAUGAGAUAUGGCAGACCCUCAGAUUGCUCAAUGAGGGGGAUAAGGCGGAAGCAGACCCUACUCAGACUCGUCAAGCACGUGGAUCUAAUAAUUAUGCAGCAGGAUCGUCCCAGCAGGGUCUUAAAUUAUGCGGAUCAUACAAUGGAGAUGAUCUCCCGCGUUACCAAGAGCUGUAUAAGGCAGCAAUAGCAGGAGAUUGGAACACUGCUGAGAAGAUUUUCAAGAGUGGCCCUGAAGCAAAAACGGCCGUAAUUUCUACGCGACAAGAAACCGCACUGCAUGUUGCAACGUCAAUGGGACAGGCACGAUUCGUAGAGAAGCUAGUACAGCUCCUGUCCCCAAAAGACCUGGAAAUGACGGAUUUCAAAGGCUAUACGGCCCUCCACAUUGCAGCAAUAUAUGGGAGUUUGGAUGCGGUAAAGACUCUGCUCAAGAAAAACAAGAUGUUGACCCAAAUCGUCUCCACUGAGGGAUAUACGGCCCUCCACGUCGCAGCCUAUUACAACAGCAAAGAUGUGAUGUGGCACCUUACCUUGAAUACUACCGAUGAUCCUCCUGGUCGUCCCUUCACAGGCCCUAAGGCUGGUGUGCUCAUUCUGCAUCUGGUGUGGUCAGGUUUCUACGAUAUUUGCCUUCACCUAUUGGAGAGAUAUCCAAACUUAGCUACCGCAACAACUGAAUCAAAACAGGGAAUGCUGGCAGCUUUGAGAGACAAGUCUUCUGAUUUCGAAAGUGGAUGCAAGCUUCACUUCUGGCAGAGAUGCAUAUACCACAUUCUUCCGGAGGAAGUGGUACUCGACGGCCAUAUGCCAACUCGACUACUCAAAAAUGAUGUGGAAGACCCUGAUCCGGCAGUGAACACCCAAAUAUCACCGACUUCAGCUGGAACACAUUGGACUCAAGUUCGACAGUGGAGCAUCGAAAUUGCUUGGAAAGCUCUGGAAUAUUUUGCAUUUGGGGUGAUCAAGUGCAUCAAAGAUGAAAAAUACAAACACAAAUGCACCCGCAGGCUUGUGGAAAUUGCAUGCCAGGAGAUGUCACGCAAUAUGACUCCGCCUGAGAUACUUCAGUCCCUUGCAAUUCAACAUGUUCUGCCUGUAGCAGUGCGGAACGGCAUAAUUGAAAUAGUAACCAUUUGCCUUCAGUAUUUUCCCACUUCGAUUUGGAUCAAUACACCACGUGGGACCAUAAUUCAGGAGGCAGUAACCCUACGACAAGAGAAGGUGUUUAAUCUUAUGCUUGACAAGAACGCGAUCAACAAAAUGAAUUCCGGCACUGUGUUCGGAAACACUGGUCAGAAUCUUUUGCAUCUUGCUGCAAAACUGUCACCUUACCCUGAACUUUCAUCUAUAUCUUGUCCUGCUCUACAAAUGCAAAGAGAGUUGCAGUGGUUUCAGGCUGUGGAAGAGUUUGUUCAUCCCUCGGUUAGACUACUUAUGGAUAAAAAAGGCCUAACACCACGAGAACUGUUUACGACGGAACACCGGGGAUUACUCAGAGAUGCGGAGAGAUGGAUGAAGGAUACAUCAAACUCCUGUAUGGUGGUAGCCACCCUCAUAGCUACGGUCGUUUUUGCAGCAGCUUUCACAGUUCCCGGCGGUAAUGUCGAAGGCAGAGGCACUCCGCUGUUUUUAAACAAGCAAGUCUUCAUGUUGUUUGCUGCGUCCGAUGCUUUAGCUCUCUUUUCCUCUACAACUGCCAUCUUAAUGUUCUUGUCUAUCCUGACGGCACGGUAUGCAGAAGAAGAUUUCCUCCGAGUGCUCCCGAAGAGGUUGAUAUUAGGAUUCGCGUCCUUGUUCCUUGCCAUAGCGACCAUGAUGGUGGCAUUCGGUGCAGCACUGCAUAUGGUCCUAAGUGAGAGGUUCAAGUGGAUUUUCUUACCGAUCAUAGCACUCACUUCCGUCCCCGUUGCUCUCUUUAUUAUGUUGCAACUUCCACUGUUCAUCUUCAUGGUGCAGUCAACAUAUGGUUCCGGCAUUUUUCACCCAAAGAAAAUUUGGUAAUCAAUUGAAGGAUACAUCGGGGCGUUUUGCGCUAUGUAAGCAAUAUGUGUGUGUGUAUCUUUAUUUCAUGGAUUGGUUUGGAGAAUUGUCAUUAUAUUGCUCUAAUAAGUUGUUGUAUGAAUUGGAUUUGUUGAGUGAAUCUGGACUAUGUAAGCCAUAUGUGUAUCCAUUAUAAUGCUCUGGUCUGGAAAAGGUUCCGCUCAUUAAGUGAAUAAUUUUUACCGUGUA